AUGAUGUCGAUCCAGCACGUGACCUCCUUUCUCUGCCUCCUCCUCGUUCCUUUACUGGGAGGCUGGGUGAGAGGUGAAUCGUCGAAGCUGGACAGAGGGAGGAAGUGCUGCCCGGAUGAAGGCCAGUACGGAGUGUUUCAUCCGGACACGGGUGCCCUUCAGUGCCUGGGACUCACGGAAAGUGUGAGUGCAUCUACCCCCUUCCCAGAAUGCAAGUCGGGGGUGAAACUAGUGACAUCUGACCUAGUCGACUCCGACCCGUCGACCUUUCCUCAUUGCCGCGGGAAAUUCCUCGUCGGUGAUGGGGAGAAUGCGACCGUCCUCGACGCUUUCCUCCUCUGCCCCUCGGGGAUUACCGAAGAAAGUGAAGAAGAGAGAAAAAUCGUCGUCCGGAAGUGCUGUCCCCCGAACGAGGGCUACGAUAUGUUUUGGGAAAAAUGCAUUCCCCUUCCUUUCAACUGGACGCUCUCCGCGUUUAGUCAAAAGACGAGACAGUUUCGCAUCUUAUCGCAAGAUGAAUAUCGGCUCCGCAUCGACGACCUGUCUUCCGACCCUUGUAAGAAGCAUUUCUUGUCCCCGACCACGUGCAACAAUUGUCUGUUAGAGCACGGGCCCGUGUUCUUGGACACCGGUCGCCUCCACGUCCCAGCUUUGAAUUUCACUUUUUCCAGCGAGCAGUUCUGCUUGGAAACUGGGUUCACGGCGGGUCGAUGGGUCGAUCUAGCUCAGAUCUGUCACCCCACCGAGAAGAAGCUCCAAGACUGCGCGGGGAAAGUGUGCGUGCAGAAGUGUUGCCCCGAGAACGAAUUCUUAUGGAGACUGGCCGGGCAAUGGACCCGAUGCGGCCCUGCCGGGAGGCUCUGGGAUCCCAGGAGGCUUUUCCGAUCCGAUCCCCCUUCACGGCGAGACAUCCGAGUGAUCUCGGGUCUUCCCGUGUGUCCGAUUCUGCCGGGUCUUUUGUUCUUUCUGAACCCCGAAACCAGCGGGGAUCCGAAUCAUAAGUUCUCUUUGACCGAGACGGGACGAUUGACGACACGGACACCCAUCGGCUUUAAAAUCGACCUCGACGUCCCCCACUAUUGCAUCGACGAAACGAGAAGAAACGACGGUAAAACGGAGACCGUGGCGUGGAUCUGCACCCCGCGAGUGAAGAACAUCCUGCCCGUGGUCUUCGUCCUCGUCCCGACGUCCUCGGCGCUCCUGCUCGUCGUCCUCCUCGCCCUCUUCUCUCCCGAGAGGAGAUGCCUCCCCGGGAAGAUCCGCCUCCUCUACGUCGGCUGUCUCACGAUCGGCAGCAUUUCCGACAAUUUCAACCUUUACGCCUACGACAUCGGCAUCUCCAACGGCCUCUGCUUCGUUUUCCAAGCCCUUUACUUUUUCGGGCUACUUUCCUCUUUCUUCUGGCUGAACGUCAUGAGCUUCGACCUCUGGCGGAAUCUCAGUACCUUGCGGACGCCGUUGCGAGAGGGCGAGAGGAAGGCGCUCGUUCGCUACGGUCUCUAUGCAUUCGGAGUUUCGGGAUGCUUGACCGUCGUGGCGUACUGCGUGCAGCUGGUUCCGGACCGACCUCCGCUUGCUUUCGAGCCGGACAUGUUUCUGAAGACGGCGGAGUCUUGCAGGCGCCUUCGGCCGGCCUCCACCCUCUAUCCUCCAUCCUCCACCCUCCAUCCUCCACCCUCCAUCCUCCACCCUCCAUCCUCCACCCUCCAUCCUCCACCCUCCACCCUCCACCCUCCAUCCUCCACCCUCUGUCCUCCAUCCUCCACCCUCCACUCUCUAUUCUCCAUCCUCCAUCAGCAGAAGAGGAGAGCAAAGCUGCAGUCGCGACGCCAAGCAGAAGGGGUGUAG